AUGGCUGACGAAUCCUUUCAGCAAGGCAACCGCCGGCGAACGGCUGUUAAGCAGAAGAACCUAGAAAUCUUUCUCCAUCAGCAGAAAGAUCUUCCCUAUUCUCUUCCAUCUUCACCUGAUUUCGCCGAGCUGACCAACAUUGGGCUCUUGACCAAUACUGCCAAUCCAUGGGCUGUAGUUCGCCCGGAAAACACCCCGCAAAUCGCCAGAGCUGUUCCAUAUCUUGUUGCCAACCAAAUCCCCUUCACUGUACGAUCAGGCGGGAAUAACUUUUUCGGCAAGUCUCAGAUCAGCAAUUCGGUUUGCAUCGACUUGCGUUCCAUCUCUUUUUGCGAAGUAAACAAUGAUGGAAAGACGGCCCGAGUUGGAGGUGGUAUCCUCUUUGAGAAACUCAUUGGCGAUUUGCAGAGCAAGGGCUACUCAACUGUAACGGGCAUGGUGCCUCCUAUUGGGUUUGUUGGGUGGUCUUGUUAUGGAGGGUAUGGGCCUUUUGGCUGGCUUCAUGGUUUGGGGCAUGAGUCAAUCCUCGGCGCCAAGGUUGUAGAUUGGCAGGGUCGUAUCAUCGACGCCGACGCUGAUCUACUCAAAGAAAUUCGAGGAGCUGGAGGAGGCUUUGGAGUCAUUGUCGAAUUGACCAUCAGAAUCUUCCCGCAGGGCAGUCUCCUCUCUGGUCAAGUAUUCUUCGACGAGUCAAAGUUAAAGAAUACAGUGGCCAAUAUCUGCCGCGAGACACAACGGCAGUUAUUCCGAGAUCCAUCCGAGAGUCUUUACAUGGCACCCUUGUUCGUCGUUACGCCAUUGAGCAAGGCUCCCUUCUGCCAUGUAAUGUGGCUGCAUGAAGAUCAGGAGCAAGGCAAAAGGGAACUCGAAAAGGUUACUAAGCUGGGCCCGUUUGUUCACACGACAGUGAAAAGAACAACGCACUUAGGCGCGCUAGAUGACUUCAGACAUGGCUUCGCCAUGCCCGGAAUGAUUGGUAAUGUCUGUACCAUAAGCAUCUUGUCAUUAACAGACAAAGUCAUCGACAUGAUUGCACAUCAUAUCGACAUCAUGCCCAAUAAGGUUAGACUGGGUUUUGCGAUUCACAGCGCCAGGGAGGCCUCCAGCGACGCAGCUCAAGCAUCUUGCUUCUCGGCAACAGAGCGCCAUUUCAUGCUUGAGUUCCUGGGUUACGCUGACUCGGAGGAAAAGGUCAAAGUGACUGAUAAAUGGCUCAAGGAUUUCAUGGAUGCCAUCAGAGGAACUGACCAGGCCAACAUACUUCCUAGCACAUAUAUCAACUUAACUGCGCCUAGUCAAAACACGCUAAGAAGAGCCUAUGGGCCAAAUUAUGACUUUCUCAUGAGCCUGAAGAAGAAAUACGAUCCGCGUGGGGUAUUCAACACUGCGCCUCCAUUCGUAACAUUAGCCUCAAAUGAGGAGCUCUUGUGUAGUGGGAUGGUCAAGCUUUAG